AUGGCAUCAGAGGAACCCAUCAGGCGGCCGCAACAGCUGCCGUCAGCAAACCACGAGGUGAUUGUGCUGCUAGAGGGCGUGCACCUGACGUUCGAGGACAUCGACACGGCGCCCAAGUCGCACGAGCUCAUUUCGUAUCACCGCAUCACGGCGCCGGACCAGGUCCGCGAACGCAUUCAAUGCGCCAGUAUCGUCAUUGCCACACAGUGCCGCAUCAACGCCGACAGCUUGGGCGAGGCGCCUUAUUUAAAAUGCGUCAUCACGCCUACUGCUGGCACAAAUCAUAUAGAUGUAGACGAGUGUCGGCGCCGCGGCAUCAAGGUGGCCAGGUGUGAAGGCUCGACCUCUCCGGCCGUUGCAGAGCACGCGCUGAGCAUGUACUUUGCCACCAGACGGAAAACUGUGAUAUUUCACAAUGAAGUCCGAAACGUGGACGAGGAAAACAAGAACUCGUGGAAACGAGAGGGCAGUAUCGCGUACAAGAUGCAGCUAGCCAAUGGCCAGGCGCCGUGUUCCAUUGAGCAGGAAGUCGUGGGUAUCAUUGGAUACGGCAGCAUCGGGAAGCGCCUCGCCACCUUUUGCAAAGCACUGGGGAUGGAGGUGCUCAUCUCGGAGAGAAAGGGGGCUCUCGAGACCCGCAAGAUCCCUAGCAGCCACGGCGACGACGGCGCCGCUAUCGACCGCGUCCCCUUUGACCAAGUCAUCAGGACCGCCACCGUCGUGGUGCUGUGCUGCACCUUUACCGAGGCGUCGCGCCACAUGAUUGACGCGGCCGAGCUCGGCGCGAUGCGGCCCGAGGCCGUCAUCAUCAACGUGUCCCGGGGCGGCAUCAUGAACAAUGCGGCCGUGGUGGCCGCGCUGCGGGCCCGGCGCAUCUCGGGCGUCGCUGUCGAUGUGUUUGACCAGGAGCCCGCCAGCAGUGCCGAGGAAAGUGCCCUGCUGGCCGAGGAUACGCGGGAUUUGAAUAUCAUCUUUUCUCCGCAUGUGGGAUACCUGUCUACCAAGACUAUUCUGACAAUGAAGACCAUGGUUAAUGGCCAUAUCAAGAGUUUUGUACAGGGGGAUUAUUCCAAGUUUGAAGCCUGA